GCCCCACAACUUUCUUCAACAGCAGAAACCGCGCCCUCCCUCUCUCUCUCACCACACCAGCAGUUGUUGACAGCAACACACACGGCCGCAGGCAAUCAUGGACGGUGUGUUCGACGAGCGCAUCCUUGCGCCAGAGACUACUGACCAGUUCCUCUGGAUCCUUAUCGUGGCGGCGUUUGGCGCCUUCUUCGCCGCCUUCGGUAUCGGAGCCAACGAUGUCGCCAACGCCUUCGCCACCUCCGUGGGCGCCAAGGCCCUGACCAUCAAGCAGGCCGUGGUCCUGGCCGGCGUCUUCGAGUUCCUCGGCGCUGUGUUCCUUGGCUCGCACGUUACCAAGACCAUCCGUAAGGGAAUCGCCGAGAUCGAGUGCUUCGAGGACAACCCGGGGAUCCUUAUGUACGGCAACAUGUGCGUCGUGUACACGACCGGCAUCUGGCUCCUGCUGGCCUCCUUCUUUGAGCUGCCCGUGUCCACCACCCACUCCACCGUUGGAGGCAUCGUCGGGAUGGCCAUGACCUACCGCGGCGCCGACUGCGUGGUCUGGUACGAGGAGGCCGACCUCUUCCCUUACCUCAAGGGUGUGUCCGCCAUCGUAGCCUCGUGGGCGCUGUCCCCCGUCCUUUCCGCUGUGAUCGCCGUGGCGCUGUUCCUGUUCAUGAGGACCUUCGUGCUCCGCUCGCCCGACUCCCACAAGAGGGCUGUCAACGUUUUCCCGUUCCUCGUGACCCUCACCAUCGCCACCAACGUUUUCUUCAUCGUGUACAAGGGCGCCAAGGGUCUUGGCCUUGACGAGACCAGUCUCGCCGACGCGUUCGCCUGGGCCCUGGGCCUGGGAGGGGGUUUCGGCCUGCUCAUGAUCCCCACGGUGCUCCCCUACAUGCGGCGCAACAUCGCUAUCAAGUUUAACGAGGACGGCACCCUCAAGCCGGUUGCGGCGGUGGAGGAGAAGGAGAAGCAGAGCGGCGUAGUCGGGUUCGUGAUGAACCAGAUGAACAAGGACAUCCACUCGAGCGUCAAGGAGUCGGAGUACGUGAGCCAGAUCCACGACAACGCCGAGAAGUUCGACCCCCGCGCGGAGGAGGCCUUCAAGUACGUGCAGGUGUUCACCGCUAUCUGCGACUCCUUCUCCCACGGAGCAAACGACGUUGCCAACGCCAUGGGACCCUUCGCGGGCAUCUACAUCGUCUACACCACGGGAGAGGUUAGCAAGGAGGGAGACCUCGGGGACGACGCCUUCUGGAUCCUCGCCCUCGGCGGCCUCGGAAUCGUUGCCGGACUUGCCAUCUACGGGUACAAGAUCAUCGCCGCCAUCGGCGUUAAGAUCGCCAAGAUCACUCCGUCCCGUGGUUUCGCGAUCGAGCUCGGUUCCGCCAUGAUGGUCAUCAUCGGCACCCGGCUCGAGAUCCCCCUCUCCACAACCCACUGUCAGGUCGGGGCUACCACCGGUGUCGCCCUCCUCGAGGGAGCCGGCGGCGUCAACGGCACGGUGCUCGGGAAGGCCGUCUUCGGGUGGAUCAUCACGAUCGUUGUGUGCGCCCUGACCUGCUCCGUCCUCUUCGCGCAGGGGGCCUACGCUCCCUACGUGUACGACACCAUCAUCCUUCCCGAGACCACCUCGUCCUCGUAAUAAUAAUAAAACCAGGACGGGUGUUAAAUACAGCAACGGAAGCAGCAACGCCGUCUUGCCGUCUUCUGGCUUGCUAGCGCAACCGGGGGCCAAGGGUGACGCGACGGACGAACAGCAAAGAACACGGUUCGAUUCAUCUUUCGAGGACGAAUGCGUUGCCCGGGCCCGCGGCGCCAACUGCAGGGAUUUCUUUUGGCGUCGCGAAUACGGGUCUUUUUAUUUAUUUCGGGCGGUGUGUCGGUUGCGCGAGGCCCUUCUUCCGCAACUCGGGAUUCGCCCCGUCUGCCAUGGUCUUCGGUGCGUAGGCAAGAUUGAGUGUACCCUACCCCCUCCCAGGGUGCCCGACGCUCUGGCCCGUGUGUUGUAUGUUCGACGGGUUGUCACACCGAUUUAUGUAGGUCAAUCGGGUGAUUUCGCUUCUUUCCUUGCUUGCUUGCUGGUUGCGUGGAUGUAUGUGUGCAUCUUGUAGAAGUAGGAACAAUUUUUACGAGACAUCAAAGGCUGCGCGACCUGUGGAAGACUUGUACCGAACUAGCGUUGGCAGGUACUUCGCCUGUGGGAGAAGAGUGAAGUUGAACGACAGAGACGUUGGAACAGCUUUGAAGUUCGAACCACGUGUGUAGUUUUUUUCCUCCUCCUUGGUGGAAACGCCGUCACAUCUUCUGUGGCGGGGACUCCUAGUGUUCGGUUGUCACUCCCUCUUCCAACUUUUCUUGUCUUGCGCGCGUUUUUCGCGCCGGUCUUGGAUGUUUUUUUUGUCUUUUUCCGUCACCACGCCAGCGCAUAGGAAUAUUGCGCACCACUCCACUCGAAAUGGUGGGUUUGAGCUGCUGCUGCAUUGUUUUUCGCAGCUAGUAGUAUCUUGCCGCAUCUUUCUUGGUCGGAUUGGAUACACGCUUCUUCAUGAGUGUUUCGCCCCGAAGUAGUGGUUAGUGGCGGUUGGUGUUUUUACCCGCCAGAUUUGCUCGCAAGACUGAUGGCAGACCUCCUCCGUUUAUUCUCGAGGUCGCGAUGAACGAAUGAUGAAUGAAUUAUUAUUACGUGGAAAAUGGUUAUCAUCAUCAUAAUAAGUUGCUGCUGCUGUGCCUUCGUGGACCAAUCCGUGACGGAAGUUGAUCGUGGCCGGCGGAGCGAAGCAAGCCUGUCGCUCAACACACAAACGUCGUCCCGCACAGGGAUGAUAUUGGCUCAUUUUCCCUCAAACUGGUUACUUGCGCAAGAAAUUUGGCACUCAGAUAUGUGGAGAGCUAAUUUACUUGUGAAGUAAUUCUAUUUUCUUUUUUG